UUCCACUAAUGGCACUUUUAGUCCGCAUCAAUCUGUUCGUUAUACAGUACACGUCCGUUCAACAUCUAGUUCAAUUGGCGGGGACUCAACACUACAUAACUUGCCAAUCACCUUUCUAGGGACGUCUUCAGGCUUUGUGCCCGCAAGGUAUAUAGUAUAGCUUGGGCAGCGGAACGCGACCCUAAAUAGAUAGGGUAUUGCGUGCGAAGACCAGAGACCAGCAUUCCGUGCGAUAAACUUUAUUUGAGAGGAACUAUUUGCAAGGCACUUAACCAAAAAGACAGUUUGGGAGAUCUCAUCACAUUGCCGACGCUGCUAGCUCACUAUGAAAGUUGUCGUCUGCUGUCUGUUGGUUCUGUCACUUCAGCCUAUUCGUCGCGUGGCUUGUGUUCGGUUUACAUUUUUUGCGCCGCGCUCUCAGGGCUCUUUCCGGAAUACUGGUCCUGUCCAAGUUGGCGGCGCCGCAUCUCGUUUUACUUCCAACACUGCACAGGAAGAUAACACCGCGUUUUCCGGUGGAGACGACCUUGAUGAGGAGGGUCGGUUUGAAGGGACCGCGGUUCGUGCCGUUGACGCUGUGCCAAGGGUUCACGUGGAAACUAAAAGCAGAGUCCGCCUGGUGAGCUACACGAAAGCUGUGCGGAUUAAAUACAGAUAUAUUGUUCAGCUGAAGGAAGACCUACCCGAGAGCAGAGUCAAAUCUCACCUUACCUCUGUAAGAAGUUCUCUGAAACAAAGAGGUCCUCUGAUCGCCAAGGCCAGGUCACCCUUACUAGCGCUAGGUCAACCAAAGGUCGAUAACGUCAUCACUAUUGGCAGAGUGAAGUUUUACGUCAUGGAAGCAAGCCCAGAGGACAUGGAGAACAUUGUUCGCACCAAGAAAGCGGAUGUGACGACGGUGUAUGAAGACACAAAGGUGAAGCUUUUGGAUUGCAAGAAUAUCACUGGAUGGUCAUGGGGUCUAGACAGACUAGACAUGAGGGCAGUGAGAGACUUCAGGGCGGAGAGAGAUAGACGGCUAAUGGUAGACGGUGAUGGGAGGGACGUAGACGUCUACGUGUUGGACACAGGGAUACGUGCAGACCACAGGGAGUUUAGGAAGAAUAGGGGAAAAAUAAUACACAAGGUAGAUCCUGGUAUGAGUGACGGCGAUACCCACGGGCACGGAACACACGUGAGCGGUCUCAUUGCCGGCAGAAGCUUCGGUGUGGCGCGUCUGGCCCAGGUGAACGCCAUCAAGGUAGUAGACGACAAGGGAGAGGGCAGCGCUUCCUGGCUGCUCAGUGGGCUCGAACAUGCCGUCAAUACCAUCAAAACAAAACCAAACCGUAAAGCUGUGAUUAACAUUUCUCUUGGAUACCCCAAGUCUGAUCUGAUAGACGCCGCGAUAAAUGAAACAGUCAGACUGUAUAACAUUCCGGUAGUGGUCGCUGCUGGCAAUGAGGCGAUGGACGCGUGCGAGAAAAGCCCAUCGGGAGCCAGCGAGGCUAUAACAGUAAGUGCGACCAGUUAUCAUGAUAUUCGGCCAAAGUGGGCCAACUAUGGCCCCUGCGUGGAUAUAUUUGCCCCUGGAAAUAAAAUUAAAAGUUCGAUGUCAAGUGCAUGGAACGCUGCUGCCACCUUAAGUGGAACCUCCAUGGCUUGUCCUCUUGUCGUUGGUUCUCUGGCAGCAUAUCUAAGCAGCCUGCCAGCGUCCCAGAAACCCACGCCUGCAGAGCUGAAGGAUUACCUUUUCAAGAGAGCCACGCUUAAUGAAAUCAGAAACGCGGGAAAAGGUUCCCCUAACCGUUUGUUAUACGUAAAAUGUUCCAGCCUCCAGGAACCACAGACUUGCAAUUGUAUGGCAUAACACAAAGUUAACCUUUGGUACUGUAAGCCAAAUAUCUCAUAUUAACACAUUUCAAGGAUGCACGUUUUAAAUAUUUUGAAUGUCUUUGUUACAUGGGCCAUGAUUUCUAGAGUAAUGCAUAAUUUGUUAAUUAUGAUGUGUUUAUGUAAGAGAAAUCCAUUAUAUUCACUAAUGUGUGUUUAUAUAUACAGUAAAAAUAUCACAUUUUUUGUGCAGUGCAUUUUCACCACGGUAACUCGACAUUCAUAAAUGACAACUCUCAAUAACAAUUGUUUAUUUUUUA